AAAAUGGGAGAGCCAUCCUGCACGCAGUUCAUUCACCAAGUAGAUGAUGUCUACUUCUCAGCACUCUCCCUUGAAGAAGAGCAGCUCUUCCCAAUCUCCGACGACAAGCGUGCUGAAGAACUUCAGCUCCAAGAAGUGUCGGCAAAACGACUCCAUUUGAGAGGCGAAUCUUCUAAAGCCUACCGAAAUCUUUUGUAAGAUUUGCAUGGAAGCAUCUCAGACAACGGAAAUGUUCCAGAUCAACGACUGCUCCCAUGUCUUUUGUCGGGACUGCCUGGCCCGAUACCUGGCUGCAAAGAUUCAGGAGAAGAUAUCGACAGUGAAGUGUCCUGAGAUCAACUGCCAAGGGGUGUUGGAGCCGGAAUUUUGUAGGGAGAUGGUCCCGGCCGAGGAGUUCGAGAGGUGGGAGAACGCUCUUUGUGAGUCCAUGGUGCUGGAGUGUAAGAAAUUUUAUUGCCCUUUCAAGGAUUGCUCAGCACUCUUGGUGGAUGAUGGGGAGGAGAGAGUGGUACAGUCCGAGUGCCCAAAUUGCCGACGACUAUUUUGUUCUCAGUGUAAGGUGGGGCAUUCGGGUUUGAGCUGCAAGGAGUAUCAGAGCCUGGGAGCCAAUGAGAGGGGGAUGGAGGAUCUCAUGCUGUUGGAGAUGGCCAAGAAGAAAAAAUGGCAGAAGUGCCCGAGGUGCAAGUUCCCUGUGGAGAAGACAGAGGGUUGUUUUUUGUUAUCUUUUAGUCUUUCUUGUUUCUUUCCCCAUCUAGUAUGGUACCUUUGACUGAUAUGGUAUAAGAUGGUUGU